UAAUCUUGAUAGACAGAUGAAUGACAACAAUUAAGCUUAGUGUAAGCUUAAAAUGAGCUUGUAAGCUGGCUACUUGUCAAACAUUUCAGGCAUAGACGUUGCACGAGCAGCUCGUAACAUCCGAACCCUGGACUUUUUGAUCCUGAAGCAAAUUCAUAGUGCACUAAAGGAUGUUUUGUCAUGUGUUUCUUGUGCAGCAUAAUGGACUAAGCUCCAGAAACUGCAAAUCUGUGCAAUCCUUGAAUAUUGAGCGUUUCCUCCAGAGGCCAAUCGUCAUCAGAUCAGUGGCUUAAUGAUUUGAGAUUGAAACGUAGCAACUACUACCAUUACUGCUACCGUUUUAAUGUGGCUUACGCCAGCAGCGCACAGUUUGUAUAUGAUUGUAAAGUGUUGUAAAGGCAGCAGUAAGAACCUGACAGAAGUGGAAUGUUAAAAGAUUUGCUGUUUUGCAGUGCUGAAUUCAAGUUGAAGAGCCUCAAAUCAAUAUUGGCAUGGCAUUCAGAACAGAGAUGCAACUAAAACAUGACUCUUGUAUAUCACAGUAAAAUAAAUAGAUGUCUGUGAACUUCCACGUCAGUCCAAUUGUUACACACACACACACACACAUAGUAAGAAACAGAGGAUAGAUGUCUGGUAUCCCGUAGCAGUCCCUCACGUGCUAGCUUGAGUAGCCAAUCACACAUCGGGCCCGUCUCCGUCAGAAAAAAACCGUUGUGGCUCUUUGAAGUGAAAUCUAAUUAUUGCUGCAUCACUUCUCAACCAACACUGCAUGUGUGUGUGUACCUCCGAGCAAGUGUGUGUGUGUGUGCGCCUACACCUAUCCGAAUUCCCUCGGGUGAACAUGACAGAAGAGACGGGGAGAAAGAACAAGCUGCUCAACCCCGCUUUCAUCUUCUCCCCCUUUUUUACUCUGCCUGAGAACUCUGACACAUAACGAAUCAUCACCGCUGUGUGUGUGUGUGUGUGUGUGUGUGAGAGAGAGAGAGACACAUCAUUACAUAUUUCAUACGGCUGACGAUUGAAGGAGUUAUCAUUCUGUCUGCAUCCGACAAAGCAGCACUUGUGUGAGAGGGACAGGUGGCAUGUGUUUGUGUGUUUGUGGAAACGCUGCGUGACACUUUUGGAAGCAGCUUUGAUGACUUGACAGAUUGUGUGUGAGUGUACUCAUUUAAACGUGUUAUUACACUCGUUGAAGCUCUUACUCUGACUGAUGCCUGCGUGCUUAUGAUGAGCCAGCGUUGUUUGUUGUUCAUAGUGUGUGCUCUCUGGAAGCUAUAGCUGCAGAAUAUGAAAUAUGCUAAUGAACAGACAUAAUAAUAGCCCAUCAUCACACACAGCACACACACACAUUUUGUCCUUAUUUCGACCCAUUUUGAUAACCUUGUUCAGCUCCAUUAAAGGAGGCUAUAAUGCUUUUUAGGGUUUUCCCUUUCCUGUAGUGUGCUAUAGAUUUGUAUGCACGUACGUGGUCUGCAAAGACUUAAAUACCUGUGUUCUCUCCAGAAGUUUCUCUCCCACACACACCCCCCCCCAGCUGAAAUGCCUCCAUUGGACUCCUUGUUUACUGCUUUACAUCAGGGGCACAAAUAGAAAUAUGAACCUGAAAACGAGCAUCAUAGGGCCACUUUAAGACAUCAGUUGUAAAUUACAAAAAGUAAUUUCCUUUGGUGAAGGACACACACCAACACUAUGGUGUACAGUUACAAUAACAAGCUGUUUAUUUCUUGUAGUAAACACAUUCGGAAGUAUAAAGCCACCUCACACAGCAGGGCGAUAUGCAAAUAGUCACAAUGUCUGGUUAAUACUUAGUGGCCUGCGGAGCCAGAUAAAAUCUCUGACAAGAGACUAAAAACAUAUUCAAAUCCUCCUAUCCCCAAAACAAUUGACAUCAUUUACCUCCUGGUGUGUGUGUGAUUAUCCCAUGUUAUUCUCCUCACUUUUUCUGAGUAAAGUACAGACUGAAAAACAAAGCUGCCAGAAACGGUGUUCCUUCCUUGCUGAAGACAAACAGACUUAAUCAUAUCCGUGUUGCAGUGUGUGUUAAUUUAGAAAAAUGAACAGAAUGGCUAUCAUACAUUUCCCUAAUGGAUGUAUUGACGCUGUAAUCAAAUUUGGAAGAAUAACAACCGAUCACAUACACAGAAUACUCUUCCAUCAUGUGGGGAUAGUAGUAAAUACAAUAAAGGUGACCUUAAGUGAUUUUUCUCUUGAAGACCCUCAGAGAGCACUUUCUACUUUGAAUCGUCCCUGGAUUCAUUAUUGAUGAUUGCCAGGAGCUUCACUUAAAAUCACCGCAGUGCUCCUCAUCAUCUAAUUGAAAUAGUAUCUGGUUAAAAAAAGCACAGAGGAUUUCUAAUAAAUGUCGUAUCUCUAUUUUGUGUUAGGAGCUAGUGUCAGAAGAUGUGCAUUCAGGCAUCCUUUACAGCAGUGAUUCUCAAAGUGAGCUCCUCAUAGCAGAUCUAUCAUUGAAUUGUAAUUGUAGAUUACCAGGAAAACAAGCACAAAAAACACAGAUUAAAAGUGAUGGCUUGUAAUUAAGGACAAUAUCAAGUUACCGUCAACCUUGUGUAUAUUCAGAUGCUUUACACUUAUUCUCCACUACGUUUAACAGCAUAAUGGAGUAUUUUAUACUCCGUGACACUUCUCUUUUUAUUCAUGUCCUGCUUCAUUUGGCAGGGACAGUGCACAAUAAUGCAUAUUGUUGUAAAUGAGUUAGACAGGAGGCUAUAUCUUUCAUCCGACAACUGAAUUAUCAUUAUUUUCACUUUGCAGAUUAAGGUGUUAUGUAAGAACUUGUCAUCAAAUUCAAUACUGAGUUUAAUAUCAAGUUCUGAACAUUUGCCUUGUGGUGAAAACCUUCAGCCUUUGAUGAAAGGUUUGUGUGCAUGUAAAGUUUGGGCUGCUUUGCCUCACAGAUUAUCAAGUCAUGAGGAAGUUGGGAGUCCCUUAGGAAGUUUACUUAAAGGAAGUUUUAGAUUUUUAAAUGAGUCUAUUUCAAUGUUUGACUCAGCAUAUGCAAAUCAUCUGAGCUGAUUAACAUAGCUCACCUAUCACAUGUGUAAUGAAAUGGCAGGAGGAAUAAACUUAAUAAUUAAGGUUUUCGGAUUCUGGAAGCAUGCCGAGGCCAACGACCUGCACAUAUGAUUACUGUGAAUAUUCUCCUUAACGUUUUGGAAAACUGACAUUCCACUGGACGGAUUUCCCAGGUGGAGAUCACUUUCACUUCAUCUGUUGGGCAGACUUUCAGGAUGUACACAAAAGAGUGAAGUGAUACAGCAGCACCAGACCAUAAACUCCAAUGUGUGGGAAUUAGAGAUAAAGCUUACAAUCUCUGAAACUCCACUGAAACUCUUCGACUGUCCCUGAAGUUCUAAACCAGCCGCAAUCAGCAGAAGAUCAUACUACGUAUCCCCCCCACUGAGCAGAAACUGGAUCUGUCAGCUCAUAAAGAACAGAAACACAACUUGUAGAGCACCUUCAUUAUUCUUCAACUGAGCGUCAAUAAAGGACUGGAAAUCAACUCGUCCUUGAUAAAGCUGCGUUAUGUUUCCAGUAAAUGCCUAUGCAGCUUUUACUUAACUCCAUCCCAGUUUUAUCAUCCUUGCGGGGGCUUUAUAAUACAUAAACAAAUUAUAUCACUAGCCUUCCUUGGUUCCUUUUAUUAUUGUCUACAGUUUGACUUUGUGGAUGUGUUGAAUGUCUGCAGAUGAUGUGGCGGUUAUUAAGCGCUCUUAUUAAAAACUGAUCAACAGUAAGUCUUUUCAUUAAGACCCCUAUCUUAAUUCCUCCAGGCUUCCUUCCCUCCAUCUCUCUCACCUCUAUCUGGUGCCCUUCCCUCUCUUCUCCCCUGCCUCCCCCUGUCUCCUCCUCAUCACCGCUCAUUACUGCCCUGAUGGAGAGUAAACAAGGCCAUCUUUUCCUCCCAUCGUUCUCUCCAUCCUUCAUUUCUCUUCGCUUGAAUAAACACAUGGACGGCUCUUCCUCCCUAAACCUGCUCACCUCUGCCUCCUCCUCCCCCGUCCUGUCUAUCCCCGUCUCAUAUCUGGCUUUGCAUUUGUAUGCAGAGGAGGAGAAACAGUAAUAUUCCUUCAUGUGCCUCCCACUUCCUCAGUCACUCUGUUUUCCAUUUCUGUCUUUGCUUCUUCCUCUAAUGCAAGAACCCAAUGCCUAAUCUAAUAAUGAAAACAAACUCUGUUUUUAUUAAGUCAUAAAUAAAGGUUUUAUGGGCUGAGAUGUUUUUUUUAAAUGUCUAACGAUCAAUUGAGGAUUUUUGGUUAAAUGAUGUCAUCCUUUUUUAAGCAUUCUAAUAAAGCAAGUGGACUUUAAAGCAAGACUACGAAACAUGCCACUGUUGAAAUUGUUCGCAGACUUUAGGUUUAUUGUAUUGGUAAAUUGAAUAUCAAAUGCCCACUACACUUCUCAGUCCCAACGUGUCAUCCAAAUCUCAAUCUUGUCUGCUCAAAUUCAAAGAAAGCCUACUUGAUUUUAAUGGACUAUUAAAACUAAGUUGGCUGAAAACUUGAAGCAACCAUAAUGGAUUGAAAAAAUAAAACAUUUAUACAACUUGCUUGUAAAUUCAGACCCACAUGUCUAAUGCAGAUGGGUUUUUGCAAGAGUUCAUAGGCAAAUGUGUUUCAGGCAAAAAAAACUAAAACUAAAGUUGAAGUAAAUGUGAGUUCACACCAGAAUUACACUGAUGCAUUUACUUUGUAGAAUAGCUUAAGAGAUGAAGUAGAUGUAGCCUUCUUGGUAAUUAGCCAUAAAUGUUUGUGUCAAGUAUUCACAAACUGAUCUUCUCAUAUCAUACUGUAGUUGUUUUGGUAAAUAUUGCAAAAAAAAACCUUGUAAUAUUAGUUUUUGGGUCCUUUUAUCACAGUGUAUCUUCUUUGGCUGUAUUUAAGUGUGCACCAUACACACACAGGCAAAUCCCUCCUGUAAACCUACUUGACAAUAAACGUGUGUCUGAUUCUGCAAGUGCACCGAGUUUGGUAUUUGGCUCAAAGUGUCUGAAUUUGGUGACAGGUUCUCAGUGUUCCCAUGAUGCUCAUCUCCAGCCCCGAGAUAGUUCCUUCUCUCCCCUUCUCUCUCUCUCUAGGACCCUGUGGCACCUGCUGAUCCCUCGGAGCCUUGACGUCAGCGCGGUAAACGGGGGAGAUCUCCGGUGCGCGGCGGAGCGGUGCCCAAAGGCACAGCGUCCGUCCAGCGCGCAACGCAGGCGGCCGCGGGUCCACCAGCAGCGGCAACAACACCACUCGCAUCCAUCAUCAUCAUCAUCAUCAUCAUCAGGAAGGAAGGAGUACAUCCACUUAUCGGCUCUCUGCCCUGUUUUUGAAGCGGUCCCAUUCUCCUCGGCACCAUGUCGUCUGCGGUUACAGAGACGGAGGAUUCGGCGCGCAGCUCACCGAUUACGCCGCUGAAGCUGGUCGGGCUGGUGUGCGUCUUCCUGGCGCUCUGCUUGGAUGUCGGUGCCGUGAUGAGCCCGGCGUGGGUGACCGCCGACGACCAGUACUACCUGUCCCUGUGGGAGUCCUGCUGGAAGCCUGCGAGCACCGACAACUGGCAGUGCAGCACCACGCUGGUAUCAGACUGGCAGGUUGCUACGCUGGCCCUGUUGCUAGGGGGUGGAGCCCUUGUGCUGAUGUCAUUCCUGGUCGCUCUGGUUGCCGUGUGCAUCGGCACGAGACGGCGGUUCUACGCACCCGUCGCUUCCAUGCUCUUCGCUGCAGUCGUCCUGCAGGCCUUCAGCUUGGUCCUCUACCCCAUCAAGUUCAUCGAGAGCAUCAACCUGAGAAUCUACCACGAGUUCAACUGGGGCUACGGCCUGGCCUGGGGGGGGACCAUCUUCUCCUUUGGCGGAGGAAUCCUCUACUGCCUGAACCCCAAGAACUACGAGGAGUAUUACUAGCUCCAAAUCAAGCUGAGGACCUAAGGUAUUCAGGGGGCGAGCAGUUUUUCUGAACGGCUUCAUUCCCAUGAACUGUAAAGAGUGCUAUAAACCAUUUUUGAGCCGAUAACUGUAUUUCAACGAGAUUCCGCCCUGGGGGAAAUUGAAGGGGGUUAAGCUGGUUGUCAAGGAUUUAUUUUCUUGCCUCGUUCAACAGAAGUGUGAAGGCUGAGGCUGCAUAUCCGAACUUCCAGACCAGUUGUAUCAUGGGGAGGGGUCAGAGUAGUUUACACCUAGGACUUGUGUCACCCUGGAGAACCUGCCGUCACAAAGGAUGGCAACUAACAUCCCCAGUUAUUGAUUCUGUUGGUGAGGAAACAUGAGUGGCUUUUUCCGCACGUUUACGCACGCAUGCACCUGUCAACAUCAAAUCCUCCUGGGGCCUACACCUCCACCCCUCCCCCCCUCCCCCCUCCCCUGACUCCUGCUCCAUCAUUAGCUUGGCACUUUUUCUUCAUCUGGAGUAAACUUUCACAAGGACAUGGAAGAGGAUCUACAGAUAUAACUUUUCAUAAGACAGAUUGGGGAUAAUAAAAUAAAGACACCCGCUCAAUAUUCUGUCAUCGACCGUCGUCUGUAACCGAGGCAACCGACACGGAGCUGUCAUGAUUGAUUGGGCUCGGCCGGAGGUGUGAGACGGGACCGCGCUCGGCUGCCUCCGAGGGGCGGCUGAAGUUCGAUUCCCAAUGAGGCCAGUUUGUCCACAUCGUGACUUUGGGAGCAUCCGUCCUCCUCGGGUCCAGCUCCACUGCAUCCACUACACAAACCACAGGCAGUUCUCUCAGCGGCGGGUUUAAGUGCCCAUCAAUAGUUUAAGAAAGUGGAACAAUGUGAUUAUGCAUUCAGCUGAAGAGAGCUCACAAAAACUCCUCAUUUCAUAAGUUUAAGUUGCCAGCUCAGAGAGAACAUGGGGCCUUUAGCUUUUAGUCAAUAUGGUGGCAUUUGAGUUUGGAGCAGAAUCCAAAAUCACUUCCUUUUUAUUACUUACUGCAGUCAACUAUAGUACAUUAUAUAGUACAUAACGUACAUUUCAGAUGAGUGUGUGGCUCUGAAUUAAGUGUUAAAGAACAUAAUUGUAUUGGUUAUGCUUUCAAAUUGGAAUUGUGUGUUAUCUGUUGUGUAAAAAUGCACUUAAAAUCACAUGUUCAUUCAUAGAGAACUGAUAACAGAGGAUUGAUACAGAAAGCUGUGUGUUAAUGUAACUGUUGGAGUGUAAAUAUGGAUUGAGAAGCAAACACUGUACUUCUAUACAGAUUUUAUUUCCCCAAAAAGCAGGUGAUAUAGCCUAUUUCCGCUCUCACUGUGCAAAAACCUAUUUACAUUUCCUCUCGGCUGAAGUGUGGAUUUACCUGAAUUACUUCCCUAACCUGUGACCUCCAUUCUUCAUUCAUAACGCAUGCUUUAAUUUAAAAAGCGCGCAGGGAGCCGAAUGCAAAAUAAGAUUCUCCAGGUGACAUUUCGGAGAUACAAGCGGAUUUUGUCUGCGCUCUCCAUUGUGUCAUAUUUUUCUGAGGAGCUGUCUAAAAACCAUCACCCAAAAAUAGGAUCCAGGCCGCCUCCCUCGCCACUUUAACAAAUGUAGAGCUAUGCGGCUGACAGAAGUCCAUUUAUUCCAUAUAAAUUGCCACAAUGAUGUUGGUUGUCCAUUGUUGAUGAGUUCGGCUUGUCACCGCAACAGCAUUGCUUCUAAAAGCCAAACAACUGAGACCUGAUGCCAGUAGAAGAAGAUUUCAGUAAUGCAUUGCUUUGGUAACAUGCAACAUUUGCCAGAAGGAUGUGUUGGAGCCUGAAGCCACUCACUCUCACUUCUGAAGCCUGCUCAGACUGACAUGGACCUCAUGCUGUAAAUUCACAGUGUAUAUCCUAGAACAUAGUAUUAAACUGGUGGAUGUAAUAUGAAAGUAGGGGCUUCUGAGAAGAAAAAACUCCUGCUUGUAUGUGGAUUUUAUUUCGGUCACAGUCAACAUAUCUGUUUUUAGCACUGAGUAAAACGGAAGCGACACAGUUAAAUAACAGCUAUGGUUAAGGUGCUGCUUCUCAGCAUGAGACCCUGCUCUUCAGUAUUGAAUAUUGAAUGAUGACAGAUUAGUGACGGUGUUUUUGCUACCUAGAAACGUCUCUGUGCUUUGGUGGAGUAGAGAAGCAUUUGGCAUUUACACUGUAACAGACCUGGGUUAAAAUAAACACAAAUAAUGUACAAUAUGAAUAAGAAUGUGGCCCUUUUCUGUACGUUUGUGUGUGUUUUGUUCACAAUAUUUAGCAGCAGCAGCAGCAGCAGCAGCAGCAGCAGCAGCAGCAGCAGCAGCAGCAGCAGCAGCAGCUAUAAAACUGGUAUUUGAUGUACUGAAAAUGCUGUUGAUUUACAGUCUGAUGCUACAGCACUUUUAUUCUCAGUGUACCUGUCAGACACAGUCAAAGGGAAAUAAAUCCCCAGACAGAUUACAGGUUUAGGUAGUUUAACAUUAUAUAUCUGCUGUUAUUAAUACAUCUUUUAUCAAGAUUCAAAGUGACAAUCCUACAGCAAACACAUAAAACAAACAUACCCUAACUAGGCAGUUGAAAUCGAUGUCACUUGUGUUGUUUUACGAGUCUCUGAUUCUAAACGACAAUGCAAAUAUGUUUGCACCAGUUUCAAAAAUGACCUACAUGCUUUGAAUUUUAAUGAAGCACUUCCAUGUGGUUCAGGGUAAAUAAGAAUAUUCGUGCUGGUAUUUUAAAAUGAGCCUCCUAUGAACUCAGAACUAGCCUUUAAUAUGUUCUACCCAGACUGUAUGUUUUAGCCCAGGUCUGACUUGUAGUUCUUAGCAUUUGUUUGGUUAUUAAUUUACUGAUGAAAAGUCAUCUCCCAGUAUAAUGAAGAAAACACUGUCGAAUGAUGUGCAUAGGGAUUUAGGAAGAGUGUGUGAAUGACAGAACGAGUGUGUGUGUGCAUAUGUGUUGGCAUGUUUUAGAUGCCAUCGUAGCGGCGUCAGUGAUCAGCAUUUAUCUCUUUGUACGUUGGCACAUUAAAGCACUAAC